AAUCUAUUCUUUUUGUUUAAAAUACAGAUUAAACUUUAAACUAAUAAUUGAUCAUCAGGGUGAAAAACACUGAGGCAAAGUUAACAUUAAAGGGGUGAACAAGGCACUAGGACCUAGGAGAAGUCUCAUCCACCCUGGCAGGAAUUUCUUGCUUGGAGCUCAGACAACAAAGGCAGAGUGAGACUGGUUUUCUUUCUCUCAGCAUCUCCACCCUACGAGCUGAAAACCGCUUCAGAUCUUUAGGGUUCACCAAACUAUGGAACUUGAUUUUGGACACUUUGACGAAAGAGAUAAGACGUCCAGAAACAUGCGAGGCUCACGUAUGAAUGGAUUGCCCAGCCCCACUCACAGUGCUCACUGUAGCUUCUACCGAACCAGGACCUUACAGGCACUGAGUAAUGAGAAGAAAGCAAAGAAGGUGCGUUUCUAUCGCAAUGGGGACCGCUACUUCAAGGGGAUUGUGUAUGCCGUGUCCUCCGACCGCUUCCGAAGCUUUGAUGCUUUGCUGGCUGACCUGACCCGUUCUCUGUCUGAUAACAUUAACCUGCCUCAGGGAGUUCGCUACAUCUACACCAUCGAUGGGACCAGAAAGAUUGGGAGCAUGGAUGAAUUGGAAGAAGGGGAAAGCUAUGUCUGUUCAUCUGACAACUUCUUCAAGAAGGUGGAGUAUACCAAGAAUGUUAAUCCCAACUGGUCCGUCAAUGUGAAGACAUCGGCCAAUCUGAAAGCACCUCAGUCUCUGGCCAGCAGCAACAGUGCCCAGGCAAGGGAGAACAAGGAUUUUGUGCGUCCCAAGCUGGUGACCAUCAUCCGCAGUGGGGUGAAGCCCCGAAAGGCUGUUCGCGUGCUCCUGAACAAGAAGACUGCACAUUCGUUUGAGCAAGUUCUCACUGAUAUCACUGAAGCUAUAAAACUGGAGACGGGUGUGGUCAAAAAACUGUAUACCCUGGAUGGGAAACAGGUGACCUGUCUCCACGAUUUCUUUGGGGAUGAUGAUGUGUUUAUUGCCUGUGGUCCGGAAAAAUUCCGCUAUGCACAGGAUGACUUUUCUCUGGAUGAAAACGAGUGCCGUGUAAUGAAAGGGAAUCCUCCGACCACUCCAGGCAGCAAGUCGUCCCCAACCCCUCAGAAGAGCUCAGCAAAGAGUCCAGCCCCCAUGCGCCGGAGCAAGUCUCCAGCUGAUUCAGGUAACCAUCAAGAUGCAAAUGGAACAUCAAGCAGUCAGCUGUCUACACCCAAAUCCAAGCAGUCUCCAAUCUCCACACCUACCAGUCCAGGGAGCCUCCGUAAGCACAAGGUAGACUUGUACCUGCCUCUGUCCUUGGAUGACUCUGAUUCCCUUGGAGAUUCCAUGUAAAGGAACACAAUGCUAAUUGUCCUUAGUACAAGCUAUGUUUAAAAUACAGUACAGUACUUCUGCCAAAAGAAGCAGAUAGAUGACUGGUACUUUCAAAUCAAAGGACACAACGUUAUAUGUCAUUUUUUUUCUGUGAUUUUUCCUCCGUGCCACAAAUCGACACCUAUCAACUAAUAGGGAUAGAGUGAUACCAUCCUUCUGAGUAAUUAUAUAGGGAUGUAAAAUGGGCAUUGCCAGCAAUCUGACACCAAUGAUCUCAUGCAUUUCCCCUUUACUUCAAUGUUUUUCUUCUGCUCUAAGUUCUUGAGUUUACUAUUGACUGCAGAAAAGUUGACAGUUCCCACUAGAAAUACAGAAAUAAAUCUUUCGCUGAUCAAUUCUAAAGCUAAAAGAAAACAAAUACUAAUCUCCACCUUUUCAAAAUGCUGAUGAAUGCUAGCAGCUCUUUGAAAGCAGAUCUGCUUCUAAUUUUGCAUCCCUGGUUUUAGCACCUGCAUGCUGUCUAGCACCAAUUUCUGUUGCUGAAGGGUAGGGAGAGAGAUGACUUGUUGCUCUGGUAAAAGAUGCUUAAGAUGCCAGCAGAAUGUGAAACAAAGGAGUUUGGACAAGAUUCAGAAAUGCUGCAUAAAAUGCUAAGUAAAGUUUUUAUAGCACAGUGAUUACAUUAUAAAUUUAUGUAUUGGGUCAUUUUCUAAUAAAUAAGCAAAGAUAUAUAUACAUGUCAGCUGAGUGGUGAACCAGAUUUCUCAUGUAACCCAAAGAUAAUGCUGGCUGAUAUCAAGUUAUUAUACCUGCCAUAUGGUAUCUCUCUAUCUCUGCUUAUAAUAUUAAUGCCUUGUAAACAGCCAACACUGAAAACACUGUGAGAAUUUGUUUUCAGGUCUGACACCUUUAGGUCGCUUUUUGUAGCAAGAAACCAAUACACUUUUUAUAAAAAAAAACAAAAAACUUGUAUCUGUGUUUUGGGAGUAAGUCUUCAAGCUCCUUUUUUAUAAAAGCUGGUGAUUUUCUUUUGUUUAAAAAACACAUUCAGAAAAAUUUACAAAAAAAAAGCCAAUUGCAAAACAGUAAUAACUGUGUUUAGAAAUCAUGUCAUCACUGCCAAACAGAAGAGAAGUCAAUUCAAAAUAAUGAAUGUUUUGAUAAUUUUUUUGUAAUGUUUAAACUUGCAUUUUUGGUCUAUACAAUUCAAUACCCCUAACUAUGGUCAGAGGCUCUAAUUAUAUUACAAAUGGAAUUUUGUGAUAUUCAAAGACGGUAUUUUAAGAAACUCAUAUCGGGGGGGGGGGGAAACAAACUGUUAUGGAAUUUAGAGAAACCUUUCACUUUUAUUAAUUACUAAUGACUCCUGCAGGAUGCAAAGUUUAUGUAUUUACAAAAUGCUGGUGGUUUUUACUAUGCUUAGGCUUUACUGGCAUAGGUUAGUUCAGUGAACCUGACUACUACAAAACUUUACCUGGGUACAGUACAUGCAAAUAAACCUUUUGUUGUUGUUGUUUUUGCUUUUAUUUUAACUUUGGUUCAGCAGAUAUGCAGAUUAUUGUAUGUCUUUGCAAUCCCUGGUCAUUAGAAUGAAUUAGGAAGUUGUGAUAUUGGAUGCUACACGAAUGCUUGGCAAUAGGAUGGCACCGUUUUGUUCCUUCAUUUGUGCCAGGAUGCCAUUCCAUAUUUUUUGUUUUUUCCAUUGCUACCAUUAACACUCUGUACUGGCUGCAUCUUUUGUGAUGAUGUGUAUAAUGCAAGGUGGUUUUUUUUUAAAAAGAAAAAAGAGCUGCGUGUGAGAUGAUCCAAAACAAACAUUGGAGUUACCCAGAGGUUUGAGUUAUUUUGCACCAAAUUUGCACCUACAGUCUUGAGCCCACAAUUAUGUGCACCCACAAUUUUGCAUGAGAAAUCAUUUGUUCCCACGAAAAACUUAAUUUAAAUGUGUAACCCUCUGACCACGUUGAGGUUAAGUGCCCAUUUGACCUAUUGUAUUAAGAUAUUUGACUUCAAUGCAGACGGACGAGGGUUCAUGUUCUUUCCUGGUUAGAGCUUCUUGUUGGGGAAGGACAGUUUUGUGAACAAAGCACAGGAGUGUUGUCAGACGAUCUUAGUUCAGCCCUUGGCUCUGCCAGAUUUCGUGUAUGAACUGGAGCAGGUCUCUUAGUUUCUUGGUGCCUCAAUAUAUUUAUCUGUAAAAUGAAGAUAACUGCUCUAUUUGACAGGGGCUUGUGAGGCCGAAUGUCCAUUAAUGUUUGUAAAGUGCUUUCAGACCCACUGAUGGAAGGUGCUUCAUAACUGCAAGGUUUUACUAUUUGUGGACACAAACCUGAUUAUUUUAGGGGCUGAUGGUUGGGUGUAUGAUCAAGUGGAUGCUAUUUUAGAGACCAUCCUUGAAAAUAUGGCUCUUUAAGUUUAAAGCAUCAGAGGCAUCAUAGAACAAAUUAUUUAUGCCAACAAUACUACUGACUACAGCCUGUGUUACACUGAGAAGUCAAAUUUACCUUUGGCACAAUGGAAACUGGCUUCCUCUUAUCUUCUCUGUUAGGAAUCUUGAAGAUCCCCACCACCAGUUUUCCCCCAGGGCCUUCCUAAAGGCUUUGAAUGGUAGCCACCAUCCUAUCUGUUAAAGAUGACUGAGCAGUUCUGCAGUGACAAUUAUGCUUCUUAAUGAGGCAGAGGAGUGGUCACUUGAGUGACACAAGAUGCUCCCACCCCAUCCAUGGUCUGAGUGUCUUGCCACUCAUCUCCCAAUCCCUGUCAGUUUAGGAGGCAAGAGACUAGCACCAAAAAAUAAAUCUGGGACUUCCUUAUAGCAGUUCAGAACACUUAUCAAUAGCUCACUGGGAAAUCCAAGUCUCUUGUAUCCAUAAGCAGAUAUGAGUCAUAUUACUGACAGCAGUACUGUACGGUGCUUAAAGAUGCAUCAGAAAACUCAGUUUCUCUUCUCCAGGAUCUGUCAAAAUCAGUUUGCAUGAGACAAAGCAGGAACCCAAAAACUGAAUGGAAUUUUGGGCAACCUAUUAUGUGGGUAGCUUAAGCAGAAGUAGAUAGUUUUCCAUCGGCCAUGAACAGUGCUUAGAUAAUUAAAAAACAAACAAAAAAACCCUGCUAGUGGAACUUUCUAAAGAAAUGUUACAGGCUGUGAAUUGCACUUAACGUGACAUUCACAAAAACUGUGAAUUGCACUUAACGUGACAUGUCUAAGAACUUGAUCCUGCAAAUACUCACUCAUGGGAGGAGUUUUGCAUGCUCAAGCACUACUCACACGAGGAAGGGUUCUUCAGGACUGAGCCCGAUGAUCGGUUUUGAGCACACACUGCCUCAACAAGGGAAUUUACAGAGGCCUAAUAGAAGAAAGCAUUUUCUUCAGAGGGAAAAUAAUAGCCAUUCAGUUGAGCAAAAGCCACAAGUAAAACAGGGUAAGAGGUCACACUCCCAGGUUUAAGAUGCAUUUCUCCAGGUAGAGAUACCUGGACUAUAGGUAGAGAUCAGUGAGCAUUUCAGAGGUAACACAUAAUUAGUCUGUAUUGCAUGAGUACUUGUACAGAAAUGCAUGUGGAUUAGCGUCCAUACGGUGCUAGGUUUUUUCCAGAAUCCCUGGAAUAUAAAAAGAAAAGAAUUAUAGACAGUAUACGAGUAAUUUCAAUAUAUAGGUGGCCCUGAUUCAGGAAAGCAUGUAUGCAUGUGCUUAUUUAUAAGCAUGUGCUUAAAUUCCAUUUACUUCAGUGGGACUUAAGCACAUGCUUAAGUGCUGUUCUGAAUUGCGAUGAAUUCUGAAUUACUUGUAGCAUACUACUGCAGCAAUUCCAGUCAAAUUGAGUUACUUGGAGCAGACUAUAGUAAUGCCAUGAUAAACUUCAGCAUUCACUUCUAUUUUUUUUCUUCUUUUACAAACACACAAAACUCCUCAGGAUAUAAGGAUUUGCCAUAUUCUAUUAUAAAAGCGCGGUCUGAUUUCCCGUAUGAGGCUGUUUUAAGUGUUUUCAGAGACUGAGUCACUAUGAUCGAAUUGUUUAGAAACGAUACAUGAAAGAAUCGUAAGCGUUGUGUAUUACAUAGCUCUAUCUGUAAUUUACACUGUGCCUGGUCUAUUUCAGUGUCUAUACAUAUUAAACAGUAUGUAUGCAUAUUUCAAGGCAUAUCCACAUUAAGGAGGAUUAGAGCAAUGUCAGUGCCAGUUUUGUGUGUAGAAGAUCAGGCUCACAGAGUAUCGCAUCAAAUUAUAGAUCCUUCUGAAACUUUUUGUUAAUAUCUGAAUCCUAAAGUGUAUGGACCAGCCACUUUGCUAGUGUGAAUUGUGGAGCUACACCAGCUCUACCACCAGAGCAGAUAAUCUAGUCUCCAGUUUACGUGCAUGAAGCCCCUAAGGUAGACUUAAAAGAUUUCAGUGACUUGGUUUUAAUUUGGCACAUUUUUUGUGAUGGGAUGUCAGACUUCCUUCUGUCCUAAAAGUGUCCACGUUCCUAAUCUCUGUACAUUGAGUGUUGCCUUUUCCAGGGCUAGGAGCUCGAACUGUGUUACCCUCUGUGAGAUCAGAAAAAGUAGUUUAGCUCAGCUGCCACAUCACUCUUUCUCUGUGAUCUGUGUGUCUCUCCCAAACCACCGGCUGUGGUUUAGCCUUGUUUCAGUCUUACAAUUUUUGAAUGGGAAAAAGAGAGAGGGAAACUAAAAGAUAUUGGUGCGGAACCAAGCAAUGUUACAAAUAAGUUAUUUUUAAUACGGAAAAGGUGAUGUAAAAAGUAUGUUCUCCUUUAAUAUUAUUAAAUAUAGGACCUCUUACAUGAUGUUUUGGUGGCUGUUCCUUAUUGUCUUUGACCGUAGAAAUGACAUCCUGCUACAUCAUGUGGUAGCUCCUGACAUUGCUCUUUUCGGGCCAUACAAUAUCCUUGCUUACGUGCAACUCCAUUGACAGGCAUCAGUGGAAGUCACAUUCUCUAUUCAAGGGUACAGUAUGACCCUUAAAGUUCAAUCUUGCUUCCUUUAAUGUCAAUAAGAGUUUUGACAUUUACUUCAAUGGGAGCAUGAUAGGGUCCUUAUAUCUAUCCUUCACCCACUGAAGUCAACGGGAGAGAUGCCAUUAACUUCAAUAGGAGCAGGAUCCACCCUUACAGAAAAUAAAUAAGAAAAUAAAAUACAUGGAAAUAUAGUAUAGCCACAGAGGAAUCUGAACGUGCACACGGUGUAGUCUCCCCAUGUAUUAACAAUCAAAUGUAGGUAAGAGGGAACAAACUAGUUUCUUUCUUUAAAUGGUGAUUUUACACAUGUUUUGAAAGUGAUGAAUAUUCAAGUUAUUUUUCUGGUUGUGGAUCCAAUAUUAAAGCUGGUGGGAAGUUGCUUUUCAGGCUCCAUGAUGUCAUCUGUAUUUGGGAGCUAGAUGGCUCACGGUGUUUGCAAAUGAGACACAGAACUUUUCACCACUAGGUCUCCAUUGAGAUUUAAGCCAAUACAAAGAGCCAGGUGUGUUUGCAGUGGGGCACAAGCUUUAUUAGGGAUAACCUUGAAACGAUACAGCUAGCACUAAGUCUGUGUGUAGUGAGACCAACUUGAUUAACUUCUUAAGUGCCUUCCAGCACAUCUUCCCUGUUUGGGUUUCAGAAACACUUGCUAAUAUUGAAAAGCCCAAUAAGGUGUAAGUGUGAACUGGCAGCCAAGGUACGCUACCUGAAUCUGGAGUCUGCGGAGAUGAUUAUUCUGCUUCAUAUUUAUUCAGCUGGGUCUGGGUUAGCACACUGUGAAAAUGAUGGUCUAGUUUAUCACAGAUUCAUUCUGCCUGGUGGCACUGAUGCCCUCUCACAGCAUGUCCAUGGAUUUGAGGAGGCCUUCUCAGUGGUGGGUCAGGAUUGAGAUGAAGCUGAAUCCUGUUUCUCUGAAGGCAGCCUGCUGGGCGUGUGUUAGAUAGGAUUGGAGGGUUCUUGCUGCUCCAGUCAUGGAUCCUGUUGUUGGGUCUUCUUGCUCCCCACCAUCUCCCACUCCCACUUUUCUCCUGGCCUUAGCUCUGGUUUAUCUUGUAACAUGUGUCUUCGGUUGUAAAGCUGGGGGUGGGAUUCCUAUAACUCUGCGUUUUUCUCUGAACACUUUAAGAUCUGGCCAUUCAGAAUUUGAUUGAUGGGUCUGGUAAAGAAAUCUCCAUCUUCCGAUCCGUUGUGCUGGCAAAACACCACAUGCUAAUGGUGUAGCUCUAUGUGCUAAGAGACCCUAAUGUGGUUCUUGAGCCUUUUUUCCUUAGAGCUUUUAUUGUAACAACUGCUCUUUCAGGUUCCCCAUUUGGGGCAGGAAAUGAGGACCAUUAGUUGUUUGGUUAAGGUCACAAGGUCUGGUUCUUAUUUAAAGUAAGACUAUUUUACAUGGCUCUUAGAGUGAGAGUAAACUACACAUGUACCAUUGUGACGGCCUUUUGCACGGCCAGCGUGGUGUAAGGUGACCUUAGGGUAAAUGAGCCUCAAGCCCAUAUUCUUAGCCUAGUGGAUAGAGCACUGGACUGAGAUUCAGCAGACCUGGCUUCUAUUCCCAGCUCUUCCAUGGGCCUGCUGGGUGACCUUAGGCAAGUCGCUUCUCCUCUUGAGCCUCCGUUUCUGCAUGAUGGAAAGGGCUGUAGAAGAGCUAGGGAUUCUUUGUAUUUAUUACGUAAUGAAGUCCGCAAACUGCACGGUCCAUUAUCCUUGGCAAAAAUUUCCAGAACUCAUUAUCACGUGAACAUGGUUUUUAAUCUGUUAACCCCGUGUGUGGAUGAGUUUGCAGGCAGAUUAGCCUCUUUCGCAUAUUGUGAAUGGGAAGCUACUGCUACUCUCCUGGUGGUGGUGUUUAAGUUACAUAGGUCGGUGUUUAUCGGCUGCCUUUGUCUUUCUCUCAGCUCUCUGCUCUAAUUGACACUAGCUUCUUUUGCACAAAUUACACAGCUUUCCAUUUUGACUGUCCUGGACACCGGACUGUUUGAUGUGCUCUUGUGCUGCACUUCAUUACUUCUUUGUGAGCUUAACGGAUCUUUCCCAGCCUUUCCUCUCUUUGAUCUUCUGGUUUGAUGAGCCUCUGUCCUUUUAAGAGCAGACCGUCCACUAUAUCGAUGCCUCAUUUGUACUGCCAGUAUUGUAGGAGCUGUUCAGGGAUUGCUCCCUUUCUUAGCCUGCCUGUCUCUGCCUAUCUGCUUAAGUAUCGGCAAGUCCUAGGACCUUUGUUGUGCUUGCUCAGUUUGGACUGGGUCGCUGGGAAGCUUUGACUUAUCUGGUCUCUGUACAGCUUGAGUUCUAUUAAAAAUUCUUCUUUCAUCACCGGGCUAUGUGAGGAAACUCUGGAGAGAGCAUCUGCCCACACAAGGCUUAUCCUGGGAAUGUGCAGUACUGUGUAGUUGAAGAGAAGUCAGUGCAGGUGGAAUCUCAGUGUUUAGGAGGGUGGCUCAUGCCGGGUCUUCAACCACAGCAAGGAGCUCCAGACAGGAGAUUGUCAUAAGCAAGGGAGACUGAAGAACAGACAAAGAAAGAUAAAGGAAUAAUGACACUAGACUGUGCUUUCCCACUCAUAGUGUGGACCCAAUUCUGGCAACGGGGUGGAAAUUGUCCACAUCACUUCUGGCUCUCUCAAAACUCUUGGCGAGUCCAGUCAAUCCAAUAGAAACCCCAGAACAUCAUUUCAUGGUGACACCUAGGGCAAUGGCACAGACCCACAGCCAGGUCCCAAACUCCUGCUUCUGGGCUGAAAGAUAUUCGCAUGCUAACCAAUGUUUGCCUGUUUGGGGCCCAUUUGUGCUACUAACCAAAAUUUGGGCCCUGCACUUGGAAACAAGGAGCAAGCUUCAUCUCUGGAACUCUGGUGAUUUCAAGGGCCUCACUCCAAGCAGACAGUGGGCCGGUUCUUAAAGUGUUACUGGUUUUUUCAUAGAUUCAUAGAUUAUAGGACUGGAAGGGACCUCGAGAGGUCAUUGAGUCCAGUCCCCUGCCCGCAUGGCAGGACCAAAUACUGUCUAGACCAUCCCUGAUAGACAUUUAUCUAACCUACUCUUAAAUAUCUCCAGAGACGGAGAUUCCACAACCUCCCUAGGCAAUUUGUUCCAGUGUUUAACCACCCUGACAGUUAGGAACUGUUUUGGAGCCGUUUAUUGCUAAAUCUCUUCCUGGGAAAGGAUUGUCUUUCAUCUUUUCUCUUAACAUCUGUAGCAGGGCUCACCUAUUCCUGCUUCUGCUCUCUAGCACAGUGAACGGGAACUCAAAAUUCGGCAGCCAGUUUUAAAACUCCCUCAGAUUUGACAGUUUGCAGUGGAACAGUUGCAGCAGGAGGAUCCCUAAAGGGAAUUAACACUUUGCAGCUAUUCGAGUCUGACAACUGAAAAAGAAAGUUGGCAGCAUUAGCGAAAGAGGCAGUGAUGGUCAAUGUCCUGGGAAACAAAGAAAGGAGACUCAUUUCCGAGGGGGCUAGCAGGGAGUAUUUGUUAGGAAGUGUUUACUGAGCGGUGGGAUAUGAGUGGGAACUUCAUCAUAAUACCAGAUCAAAUGGAAAGGAAUGCAUAAGACAGAGUGGUGGAAAUGUCAGUCUUUGACACAUGCAGAAAUAGAAAUAACGAGGGUAGAGAAACCAAGAAUAAUAAACAAAAGGGAAAGCCUUGGGUAGCUGAGGAUCUACAGCUCGGCUCUGGGCUGAAAGCCAGCAGGGGGUCCAUGGCUGUGAGUUGUUCGAGUGCUCCAUCGAUGCCUAAACUGGAUUGCAGCCUAUCCGUGGUGACAAUUAGUGUCCCGCUCCCCAUCACAGAAAUAAGGUCAUAUUUGGCCAUGGGCAGAAGAACUUGAUUUAAAAUUCCUUUCCUCCCCCGUCCCUCUGUUCCGCUGGCACAUGAAAGUCUGCAACAUCCUUGAAAGAGGCGGGGGAAACUGCAUCCCUUUGUCGAGUGACAGCCCAGCCUGUCGUUUUGUUUUAUUUUUAUUUUUAUCCCUUUGCAUUGGACUAUGAAUAGAAAUGCAGCAGCACCGCCUGGUUCCCGAAAGGACAGGCUGGGUACUUGGGAGAGGGAAAUUGCAAGAGAUGCAAAAAAGAGUAAUGAGGGCAUGUCAGAUCCUUCCCCAGGGAACCCAGCAAACUCUGGCAAAACAUAGGCAGGGCAGGCCACUCUAGUCAGGAAAGAGCCACCGCAUCCUCCUGAGGGAAGAGAAUAUAGUUUUAUUAUCUUGUAAAGCCGCGCAGAACAGAACCACUGAGGUCUUUGAUCUGCUGCUGGUCUUGAUCACUGAGUCACUGGCCACACAUGCAAAUAGUUCAGCUCAUCUGCACUGACCCCUUUCACCAGGAAAUGCGAAUUUAUAUAGAGUCAGAUUCUGCAAUGCUUAUUCACACUGAGCAGUGCCUUACUGCAUAAAGAGUCUCACUAAUUUCAUUAGAGCUGCUAGAGGAGCAAGGCAGUCCUCAGUGAGGUUGGGAUGGUAUAAUCUUGCCCAUGGCUUCCUGCGGUCAGUCUGUCACAGGAACUUCAGUAUCGAUGUUAAUUUUUCUGCAGUGAUUUAUUUGUUGGGGGGAGGGGUGUCUUAUGUGGGAGCAAUUUGUUCCAAUUUCAUUAUUUUACAGACAGUUUCUCUUUCCCUUUCUCUUGCAUAGAAGCACUUUAUUCCAUUAGUAAUCCCAUUGGCUCCAAUGGCACCACUUCUGGAGUCGGGUGCUUUUCUACCUGUGCCAAGGUAUCCGAAUCUGGCCCAUAUAAAGUGGGAGUCCCCUUUUGUGAAGCUUCUGGUGGAAUUGCUGUCUCGUUGUUGAGUUUCAAGCCGUUGCCCCUUUGUUGUGUUGGGAAGAAAGGGACAGAGCCUUUCAAUCACACAGGUGUCCAUACUGGCCAGGCCUGGUUGUAGUUUCUUGGCUUAAAAAAGAAGAAGAACGUAAACAAAAGUGAGUUUCAAAAUGUGUUGGGUACUAGAUAUUCCCUGGCAUACUGAUAUCCCUUUUAAAUAGCUGUGUUCCUCGGCAUUCAUCACUGUUCUAGCAAAACACCCGGAGUUACAGCUAUUGCACCUAAUACAUUCAGGAGAAAGCAUGGCUAGAAGGAAGGAUAUGCACAUAGGACCAAAUUUGCAGCUGGUGUAACUCCUUUAACUUCAACAGAGUUACAGCAUUUAACCCUCACAGCCAGGUCCAGUUACUUACUCAGGUAAAACUCCCCUGGAUUUCAGUGGGAGAGUUGCUGGUUUUUUUGAACAAAGAUUACAGGAUUUUGUGUAGGAGAUUCUACAGUAAGGACACAAUAUAACACUUGACCAUAUGAAACCCAGCAGAGUAGAUUCUCUGCUGGCACAAAGGGAUAAAAACUCCAUUAAAGUAAAUGGAGCUGAGUCCAUUUAUGCAAGCACAGAUGUUGGUCCUACGUUUCAAAGACUGGUUGCUGUAAACAAUCCCUAUUGUGAAUAUUUAAUUGUGGGGUCAAUUUCCAGGAUUAUUUUAGCAGAAUUCAUGUUGGAAACUCCAGAUUCCAGAUAGAUUCCCUGCAUGCAUCUGUAAUACGUGAAUCUUAAACGUUAUGUAUUGGUUUUAUUGUGGCUAGUGAUGAGGCAGCUGAAGUGGUUCCAUUCGGUUAAGCAUCCGUCUGAAGGUCAGGCUGGGAAUCUCAGAAAAUCAGCCCUCUCGUGAAGGAAAGCUAAUUCUACUGAAGGCCUGAUCCACCAUUGACAGGAAUUCGGGGUCCAAAGGGUUUGCAGGAUGGGAAAUAGCCUCUCUCCCACUAUUUCUAUUCCCAGUCCUAGCUGCAACCAAGAAGAAUGGAGGUUUAUGGGUUUGUUGGUUUGUUUCUUUAAAAAAGAAAAGGUGUUUUCUUUUAACCGGAUGUUUUUGAACAUAAGAAAGAGCGUUCAGAUUUGUUUCAUUUUAAGUUGUGGGGUAAACUCGAGGCUGGUUCUGAUUUUAUCCAAACUGGUUGGUCCAUCUCUAUUUGCAGCCAAUAAUUCCUUUAGUUUUAUGCAAUAAAAGGUUAUUGUCUUCUUUCAAAGAGUUGUUUAAACAUUUCAGAUAUCCCAGAGCUGGAUCUCUGACCACGUAGCAGGACUCAGUCUCGCUAGUGCUCAAUCUGAAAGAAGACUAUGUACUUUUGGGAUUUGCCAUGAUGAUGAUGAUGAUGAGAGCAGAAUGGUUCAUCUGGCACAUGCAGUCGUAACUGGAUAUGCUGGUAGCAUUAGGUAGAGAGGGACCUGAAGCUGGUCCUGAAAAUCCUUACACUUCAGGGACGCCCAUAUCCAGAGCCAAACUAAAGAGAUGACUCCUGUCUCUAUAAUGGGCCAAACUGAAAUAAUCUAUCUGGGUACCUCUGAACAUUGAGGAAGUCCAGAUUCAGAUCAAAAUUUCAAGUUUUAGGCCGAGUUCUAGGCCUGUAUAGGUUUCCUCUGACAAAUUUACAGCCAUGUCUUAUUUGUAAAAUUCCACCAUAGCUGCUUUUCUGCCUCUGUUACUAACUGUAGGACAGCAGUCAUGGAUGGGUCAAUAUUCCAUUUGACAGGCAGGUGGCAGUCUAAAUAUAGCGGGAUUUCAGCCUCCCUCACGUUAUGCACCCAGAAAUGUCUCUGGGGUACUUGCAAAGCAGUACAUCUUUAACAGGUUCUUUUUCUUUUCUUUGCUAUGGAAACUCCUUCAGAUUUAGAGUAAUGUCUAAUAAUGUGUCCGUUUGAAAAGAAGAAUGUCUAGGGAAAUAAUUGCACUGUUAAUCAAUUGGUGUAUAACAUGAAGCAGAAGUAUUGAAUGUAAGAACAAGAAAGCCUAUGAGUAAUUACAGUACAUGCUGGAUUCAGACGUGUAAAUUGUUGUUAGUUCGCUUGUCAUUUAAACUGCAUGUGAUCCAAGCAAAUUUCUCACUGUGGCACUGCUAGUACGGGUGCGGUUGUCAGUUUAGAAGGCAAUUUGAGGCCUCUUAGGAAGAGGAAACCUGUCUAGUUGAAUCUCCUUCUAUUCUGAUACAAUUUGGAAGUCAAAGACAUGCUUUUCACUUCUUGGUGCCCUGUAUCUUAUAACACUGUAUAGCCUAGAAGCACAAGAAAAGAGAACCAGCUGGAUGUCUUUGUUGUUACUAGCAUUUGCCUAUUUUCUUAAUCACAAGCUAAAAUAAGCCACUCUCACCACGUUCUUCAUGCCCCUAUUAUCUGAAGAACGCGUAUUGCCUUCAUUCUUUACCCUGAACUUUGCAGUGCUUCGGUAGGCUGCAAUUCUGUUGAGAAAUAAAUUGUGCUAAGGGAGGUGUGCAGCUGAAUUGGAACCUGAUCAUUGAUUACUGUCAUGUCAUGUAUUGAUUUUGUAUCAUUUCAUCAUUAAUAACAAAGCUGCAAUAUAAUAUAACCGAGAGGCCGUAAUGUAUUUUCUAUUGUCAUUCAGAUGGGGGAUGGGAGGAUGGGGGAAGAAAGGGCUGAGUUUAAAGUUUAGCUGGCAUACUUUAGACUCUCUGUACAUAACCUUCGAGGACAUAACAGUUGUAGGGAUUGAGUUGUAUUUUGCUAGCCUGGUAAGCUUCUUUUUGUUUUGUUUAAAUAGUGAUGUAUUUAACUAAUGACAUGUUGUACAAAGCAUUGUUAAUUUAAUGGAUGUUUUGAUUUUCCUAUAACAGAUCCAUAUAACAUUUCAUUUUGGCAAGAACUUUUCAUAAGCCAGCACCAGUAUUGCACACAGCAUUAAGUUGACUAGUUAUGCUUUUUUUGUGGGGGGGAGAGGGAUUUUUUUUCUGUGGACAAAUAGCAUUACCCAUUGUUAACUUACUGCUUGGGGCUAUAUCUUGAAUUUCCUUUUAAAAUGAAAUUUAAUUUAAAGUUGCCUGUGAGGGAUAUGAACAAGCAAGAGGCUAUGCCAAAAUGUCUCAGUUGUAUCAUCUUGUAAUAUAUUGCAGCUUUAUGCCAAUGAUUCCUUGCUUAUCUGUACACGGUACAUGCAUGUUUUGAACUAAUUCUGCAUUCUCCAUUUGUGGUGAGUUAUUUAGCAUUUUUACCACCUUUUGUGCCAUUCAACUUGUACAGAAAACAUUUUUAUUGAUGUUUUAAAAGG